UAAAUAUUUAUCCUUAUUCCCCCCCCACCUCUUCAAUGGCGAUGUUAUGUCUCUGCUGUAUGGACUGUUUUAUGCCUCGGUAGCUCGGACGUGGAGCUGAAGAUGCUUUCAUGAAGACUCUCCGGACAUUGUUCAUAAACAGUUGGAAAAAUCGUCAAGACAGAAGCAGAGACAGAUCCAUCAGCCGUGCAUGAUUUAUUUGGGAUUUUAUUCUGAACUGAGGACUAAACCAUCAGCCUGAAGAUGGGAUCUGCGACUAAACUUGCAUUCGCCGUGUUCCUCAUCUCCUGCUCAUCAGGGGCAAUCCUGGGCCGAUCGGAAACGCGAGAGUGCAUGUUCUACAACUCCAACUGGGAGAAGGACCGGACGAACCGCAGUGGAAUCGAGCCUUGUACCGGAGAGAAAGACAAGCGCAGACACUGCUUCUCCACGUGGAAGAACAGCUCAGGAACCAUCGAGCUCGUCAAACAGGGCUGCUGGCUCGACGAUGUCAACUGCUACGACAGUAGCGAGUGUGUGGAGAGGAAAGACAGCCCUGAAGUGUUUUUCUGCUGCUGUGAGGGCAAUAUGUGCAACGAGAAGAUUUACUACAGCCCCGAUACCCCAGCUAUACAGACCACGUCAAACCCACUGCCCCCGAAGCCGGAGCUGUUCAACACACUGCUCUACUCUCUGGUGCCAAUCAUGGGCAUUGCUGCCAUCCUGCUCUUCUCCUUCUGGAUGUACCACCACCACAAGCUGGCAUAUCCGCCUGUGCUCGUCCCCACGCAGGAUCCUGGGUUGACUCCGCCCUCUCCGCUCCUGGGCCAGAAGCCACUGCAGUUGCUGGAGAUCAAGGCCAGGGGGCGCUUCGGCUGCGUGUGGAAGGCACAGCUGCUCAAUGAACAUGUGGCUGUGAAGAUCUUCCCCAUCCAGAAUAAGCAGUCCUGGCAGAAUGAGUACGAGAUGUUCAGCUUGAGUGGAAUGAAACACGAGAACAUCCUCAACUUCAUUGGAGCUGAGAAGAGAGGAAACGGCAUGGACAUCGAGCUGUGGCUUAUUACAGCUUACCAUGAGAAGGGCUCACUGACUGAUUACCUGAAGGCUAAUGUGCUGUCUUGGAAUGAGCUGUGUCACAUCGCUCAGACUUUUGCGCGAGGUUUAGCGUACCUGCAUGAAGACAUCCCGGGCCUGAAGGACGGCCACAAGCCUGUCAUUGCACACAGGGAUAUUAAGAGUAAGAACAUACUGUUGAAGAACAAUCUCACCGUCUGCAUUGCAGAUUUUGGCCUCGCUCUCAAGUUUGAGGCGGGUAAAUCUGCAGGCGACACCCACGGACAGGUGGGUACUCGACGCUACAUGGCUCCAGAGGUGUUGGAAGGAGCCAUAAAUUUUCAGCGAGACGCCUUCCUGAGGAUUGAUAUGUACGCUGUUGGACUCGUGCUGUGGGAACUGGCAUCCCGCUGCACUGCUGCCGACGGUCCAGUGGAUGAGUAUGCGUUGCCGUUUGAGGAGGAGGUGGGUCAGCAUCCCUCAUUAGAGGACAUGCAAGAAGUCGUCGUACACAAGAAACUCAGACCCACUUUAAGAGAGUACUGGCAGAAACAUGCGGGCCUGGCCACGCUGUGCGAGACCAUAGAAGAGUGCUGGGAUCACGAGGCUGAGGCUCGCCUCUCGGCCGGCUGCGUGGAGGAACGCAUCAUCACUAUGCAGCGACAGACCAACCUCAUUGCCCCUGACGACAUCCUCACCGUCGUCACUAUGGUGACCAACCUGGACUACCCACCCAAAGAGUCCAGCCUAUGAUGCUUUACCUCAUCAGCUAAUCAGACUGCAAGGGUGGGAUGAGGUAGAGCUCGGGGUGCUACAAGCAUCUCCCGCUCCCAUCAACUAAUCAGACUGCAAGGGUGGGAUGACGUAGAGCUCGGGGUGCUACAAGCAUCUCCUGCUCCCGGUGCAUGUGUAUGUGUGCAUGCACACAAGGACACACAAGUGUGUGAGACAGUUUAAUCCUUAUGAACUCCUGGAGGGAACGGAAAUACAUGACAAAAAUGAUCACACACACACACACAAAUAGGACCUUCAGAUGGGAGGCUCAAGAAAAGGAAGUCGUUGUUUGCACCAAAAGUGUUCUUUUUCCACAAGCAGAAGACUUCCUGAUUUUUUUUUUUUUUUUUUUUUAAACACGUUUGAAGACUUUUAAGAAAAAUAUCCAGUUUGGUUUUAGUACGAAAAGGGCAACACUCGUAUAAACUGCGUUGGCUUUUUUCCUCCUUCUGCUUUCGAUUUGUUUUUAAAUCAUCAUUGUAACUCCAAUAAGAAAGCGCUUCUGAAUGUCCAGUACUACUGCUCACUCACACACAUACACACACAAUGUAAACAUCAUACACACGUGUCUCGCUCACACCUCACCUUGCGUUCCCAUGAACAAAAGCAGUCUUUCAUCCUCUAUGCAACAAGUGACAUUUAAAUUGAGAUUUUCUCCAAUUUAUGCAAAUUAGUUAAGGCAGAAAAUGAAAACGAUUGGCUUUCACAAAGUUCCCCAGCCUGCAGCACGAGGCACACUACAGAUUUGGGAAUGGGCAUUUUGUUUUUGGACACUUUUCUGCCUAUAAUCAGCUGCAGCUAAAUGUUUUAAAUAUAUAUAUAUAUAUAUAUAUACACACACUCUUUACAAAGCCACGCCCCCAAGCUCCAUUGAGGUGCUUAGGUGUUCCUGUACUGAUGCAUUCUGGGAACUGUAAGGUGGCCCUUAGAUCAUCCAAAUUCGAACUGUUUUCUAUUUAAAUAUCCAAGUUACAGUUCAUCAGGUGAUUCGAGACACACAACAUUUCUGCCUUCCAUAUCGCCUUUAUUUCUUUAUUGCUGCAUUCAAAAGCGGUUUUUUUUCCCUUUUGUUUGAUUUUAUGUUUUUCCCUUUUUCCUUUUUUUUUUUUUGAAAUAUCUCUUUUGAGUGCGCUGCUCGAGCUGUGAAGGGUAAAGCGGAUGGAUCGUAGGUAAAAAUCCAUACCAUAGUCUUUUGAAGUCUCAAGGACGGAGUGAUGGAGUCACUUUGCAACGUGGUGUUGGUUUUAGAAGGCUGUAGAAGAGCUUGUCUUUUACACUUUUUAUUUGAUGUUCUCUUCCAUCAUCCCUGUUUUCAAAAGCUAACAGUUAUUUCUCUCUCUCUCACACACACAAACACACACACACACACACGCACGCAGCUCAGCUGCUCUGGUUUUCAUGAUACACCUCAGGUAACCUCUCGGUAUUUCUCCUUCUCUUUCUUCUGUUCAUUCUGGUGCCAUUGAAUCAAUAAUCUGGCUCACUUGAUUUAUUAUUCAUUUUCUACACACGAAGGUUGCGCAUAAUUCUUACGACACUAAAUCUUUCAUUCUCUCUCUCUCUCUCUCCCUCUCUCUCUCUCUCCCUCUCCCCCCCCAUAUGGAAACACUACAUCAGUAUUCAGGGAUUCAGCACUAUGCGUUGGUAAAAAUUCUAGCUCUUAUGCAAUCAUGCCAGGUGCAACAGCAACUUCUGUAACUGUAGCAUGUUUCUGGGCUGCGUUUCAGUUAUUUAUUUUCACGCUACAGUGGGUGCCAAUACUUUAAAACAGAUACACGUAAUACAUAUAUAUAUACGACUGAUCUCCACUUAAUAACAAAACACUGAACCAGGCUCUUUCUCUCUCUAACACACUCAUACACAGACACUACUGUUUCUCAUCACGCUAUAUAUGGUAUUGCAGAGGAAAAGGGUGCUUUAGUGCUAUUAUGUCGUGUGUGUGUGUGAUUUUGUAACCUGUUUGAGGAGCAACAGGAGUGUGUAAAUGUUAUCGUGCUGUGAAAUUACCGAAAAACACACAAUAGCUGCGCAGGCUGCUCAUCAGUGACGAGGGUGCGAGUGUGUUUGGAGGGGCGGAGUUAAGCUCUAAGUGUGUAACGCGCUUUCAUCUUCAGCCAAGCCUGCUUAUUUCUAAUGACCGUGGCCGAGCCGCGCGAGCGUCGCAGGCCUCCUGAAGCUGCACAUAGCUGUAAAUACAGUGUGAAUGUCGUAUGUUGUAGAUUACCAGUAUAGCAUGAAGUUGUUUUAUUUUCAGAGGUAAUCACGAGGCAAAAAAAUAGUCCUUUUUAAAAAAAAAAAUUAAAAAAAGAAGAAAAGAAAAAGAAAAAAAAAUUACCUAUUCAAUAGUGAGAUGUUACAGUUUUAUAUAUAACUAGAUUUUGGGUCGUAUUAAUUUAUGUCAAGCCCCGAAAAAUGUCACUUAAAGCCCUACUGUGAAUCAUGGGGUUUAUUUUGUUUAUAUUUUGUUUUUUUUUGUUUUGUUUUUUUUUCCAA